UCCUACAUCUGCGUACAACUGGAGCGUUUCUUCCCCUCACUUCGCGUCACGCGUCUCUCCUGCGCGUAGUGUUUACACUGAGUCCUGCUGAGCUCAGAGGACGCGUCCCAUCAUCACUAAAUGACGCGCCGCAGCGCUGCAGUUUUACAUCCACACCACAGCUCCACACGCGUUCAACAUAGAUGGACCCGCAUCAUCUGAGGACUUCAGAGUUAUAUUACUGUCGUGAUUGUGUUUUUCUUUUUGUAAAAUGAGCGGAGGGGAAAUCAUCUGUCAGGGAUGGUUGAGAAAGUCGCCACCAGAGAAGAAGCUGCGGAGAUAUGCUUGGAAGAAGCGCUGGUUUAUCCUGCGUAGCGGGCGCAUGAGUGGAGACCCGGAUAUUCUUGAGUACUACAAGAGUGACCAUGCCAAAAAGCCCAUUCGCAUCAUCGACCUGCACUGCUGCGAGCAGGUGGACGCCGGCCUCACCUUCAAACGCAAAGAGUUCCAGGACAGCUUUGUGUUCGACAUCAAGACGGCCGAGAGAACCUUCUACCUGGUGGCAGAAACGGAGGUGGAGAUGAACCGCUGGGUGCGCUCAAUCUGCCAGCUCUGCGGAUUCAACCAGUCAGAGGACAACCAUCACGAUGAGAGAUCGUCAACCACCCACAUUUCCCGCUCAUUGGCUAAUGAUCUGGGUGGCUCUCUGGCUCCGCUGAUUGGUGAACGUAAAACGUCUGUUCCCGCCCACUCCAGCCAGCCAAUGCUUUUCACAUUCGACAUACCUGUACGCCACUCCCAUAGUACUCUGUCUAAUAGUGCUCCUCAGGACUACCUCUUCCUCCAUCAGUGCAUGAGCCGCAAGAGUGAGAGUGCACGGAGUGCCAGUUUCUCGCAGGCCUCGCACAGCAGUCUUCUGGUGGGCAGUGACUCGGCAGUUCAGAGACUCACUCAUGGUUUCUCUCACUGUCUGAAUGGCAUGGGCGCCCAGCUUCACGGUUUCUACAGCCUUCCCAAACCCGGCAAAAGUCAGCAGCCCCCUUCGCGGACCGACACACGUGACGCUUGCUAUGUUCUGCCCAGGGGUUACAGCUCUGAAGGGGCAUCAGAGCUUGAAUCAGAUGAUGUCUACACCUAUAAGACCCCCAAUAACACUCUAGCAGCCCCCCAAACCAAUGAGCAGCGGGCCCUCGAUAACUAUGAUUUACCCAGCAUUCCUUGCUCCAUCUACCAGAUCCCCCGCACGUUUGAUAAGAACCACAAUGCCCUGAUGCCAUCCAGUGCUGACUCCACAAAUGCGCCUCCUCCCAGACCUCCCAAACCCAGCCAGGGAUCAGAGACACGGUGUGGCAAGCCGCUGUCUGUGGGGGCUCAAAAUGGAGAGGUCUCCACAGUGUCCGUCAUCCCCAGGAGGAACACACUGCCGGCGGUGGAGAACAUCAAGCUUCACAGAGGAUCCUCUUUUGAGACCAGCAGUCCCCAAAGGCCAGUCUAUUUCAACAAUUCUGGUCAGUCAAUGGAGUCUGUAAAUGAUGGCUCCACCUCAUACCUGAGAACUAAAGCCCCAUUGACCCGCUCCGAUAGUGCCGGCUCUGAGGAUAACUAUGUACCCAUGAAUCCCGGCUCGUCCUCCUCCCCUCUCAGUGCUGCCCUGGCUGACAGUCCUAAAAAUAAUUAUAUUCCCAUGAGCCCAGGUCCUCACCAUUUUGAUUUCCCAGGAUUUUCAGCGACGUUGCCGGCCAGGAAGGGCAGUACAGCAUCACUAUGUCUCCGACCCGGCCGACUCAGUGACGUCACACCACCACCGAUUAACCGCAACCUUAAACCCAACCGGACAGCAAAACCAACACCUCCAUUUCAGCCUGUGAACUCCAUCUCGUCGCAGCCCUGUCGGCCCAUUUCGACCCAGAGCAUCACCAGCACUGAUUCUGCAGACAGUGAGGAGAAUUAUGUGGCAAUGCAAAACCCAGUGUCUACCUCCCCAGCGAUGAGUGGUACCAGCAGUCCUGCGCCCAGGAAUUGUGGUAAUGUGGACUAUUUGGCCCUGGACUUUCAGCCUGGCUCCCCUGGUCCACACAGAAAGCCGUCCACCUCUUCAGUGACCUCAGAUGAAAAAGUGGACUACGUCCAAGUGGACAAAGAGAAGACACAGGCCCUUCAGAACACCAUGCAGGAGUGGACAGAUGUGAGACAGUCAAGCGAGCCGGCUAAAGGCAUCAAGUCCUGAUGAUUUUCAAAUGUGCACACUGAAUGUGUCUCUCAAAAUGCUCUUAUACUGUUACACCAUGAUACAAACUGAUUUACCUGUGACAAAAUAGCGAAUGAUACACCAAUUAAAGCCAUAGAUCCAGUUCGUUUGGUCUUUUGAGGACAAAAAACUCCACUGAACCGCCUAGACUGUCUUGCCAUGCAUGUUAGACAUGUUUAACUUUUCAAAGUGCAGUGCAACCAAUCUUUAGCUACUUGCUCUCUCUCUGAGUGUGAUCGAAGAACGAUAAGCAGUGAAUGUUUAAAUCUAGUUAUAGGUGACGUGUGCAUUUUUUUUUACAAUGUUAAAAUACUUUCAUCACAUCUUAAAAUUCAGAGACAGCUAGAAAUCUAUUUGUCGUUUGAUUCCCCCAGAAAAGUGUAAACACUGUGACUCUUACAAAACAAUGCUCUGUUUGUUUGAGCAUCCUGACCAGCCUGACAUCGUAACACUGGCUCAACCAAUGCCAUUAGUUUGGGGCGGGACUGUCUGACCAAUGGCAUACAGGGGAAGUGUUCAGGAAACCUGUUUGAAACUCAACAUUUUUAUCUGUUUAGUAGCACUAGUUACAGAAAUUACACACUUCACCUUUAAAGGGGUCAUCGGGUGCGACAUGCACU